AUGCUGGAUACUAUGAAGGAGAAGGGCACCAAGGAGAUGAAUGAGGAGCAGGUGCAGUAUGCCAAGUUCGAGCAAUUCUGCAAGAACACAUUGGCUGAGAAGGAGAAAUCCAUCACCACAGCCUCAGACAAGAUAGAGACGCUCGAGGCGGACAUCGAGCAGGCGGUGGCGGAGGCCGAGCGGUUGGGUAAGGAGGUGACGGCCCACAGCGCGGACAUCGAGAAGGCCACAGCGGAGAAGGACGAGGCCACGGCGCUGCGGGCGAAGGAGCGCGCCGACUUCGCCACGGCGCUGGCGGACUAUACCGAGUCCAUCGACGCGGUGGGACGGGCGCUGAAGGUGCUGAAGGAGGCGCGCGAGAAGAGCUCCUUUGUGCAGCUUUCUGCGGUGCGGCAGCUGAAGAUGGUGCCCAAGGACACGGCCGCCUCCAUCGAUGCCUUCCUGGAGACCGAGAAAGCUGCGCCGGAGCCGAAGACCUACGAGUUCCAAUCCGGAGGUGUCAUCGGCAUGAUGGAGUCUCUGCAGGACAAGUUCGUGGACGAGCGCGUGAGCCUGGAGAAGGGCGAGCAGGAGAAGAAGCACUCCUUCGCGAUGCUGGUCCAGAGCCUCGAGGCUCAGCUGGCCCAGUCCAAGAAGGACAUGGACUCCAAGAGCCAGUUCCAGGCUAAGCGCCGCCAGGACAAGGCCUCCAGCGAGGGCGAGCUGGCGGAGACCUCGCAGGAGAAGGCCUCGGACUCCAAGUACUCCAGCGAUCUCCAGGCGACCUGCAGACAAAAGGCGGCCGCCUUCGAUGAGCGCCAGAAGCUCCGCAAAGAGGAGAUCGAAGCCAUCGGCAAGGCUCAGGACAUCAUUGCCAGCAACGUGGCGGGCAAAGCCGAGCAGCACCUGCCGAGCCUGCUGCAGAGGGCCUCCUUGGCCUUCCUCCGCUCCGAGGGCGGCCUUUCGGCCUCGGCCGCCGGGGCGCCGGAGGUGGCGCGUUUCCUGCAGCAGCGGGCCUCCCAGCUGAACAGCCGCGUGCUUUCAGCGGCGGCGAUGCGUGCCGGGGCGGACCCCAUGGAGAAGGUGAAGGCCAUGAUCGGGCAGCUGAUCAUCAAGAUGCAGGAGCAGGCCAACGAGGAGGCCACCAAGCAGGGUUGGUGCGACGCGGAGCUGUCCACCAACAAGGCCACCCGGGAGGAGAAGGCCGACGCCAGUGAGGCGCUUCAGUCAGAGAUGGACGAGCUCUCUGCCGCAAUCACCAAGCUGGGUGAGGAGGUGGUGACGCUGAACAAGGAGGUCACGGAGCUGAACUCCGCCAUGUCCAGUGCCACGGAGCUGCGGCAGAAGGAGAAGCAGAAGAACGCGGCCACGGUGCGGGACGCCAAGGAGGCCCAGGCGGCGGUGGCGCAGGCCUUGAUGGUGCUCAAGGAAUUCUAUGCCAAGGCCGGCGAGGCCACCUCCUUCGUGCAGAGCUCGGGCGGCCAGCCCGAGACCUUCGACGCACCGUACAAGGGCAUGGGCGGAGAGAGCGGCGGCGUGGUGUCCAUGUUGGAGGUCAUCGAGAGCGACUUUGCGCGGCUGCAGGCGGAGACGGAGGCCUCGGAGGAGGCGGCGAAGACGGAGUUCGACGAGUUCAUGGAGGACUCAAAGGUGGACAAGGCCACCAAGACCAAGACCGCAGAGCACAAGGCCGGCAAGAAGCAGGCCAAGACCCAGGAGCUGACGACCCUGGAGGGCGAUCUCCAGGGCACUGCGAAGGAGCUGGAUGCGGCGAAGGCCUACUACGAGAAGCUGAAGCCGGACUGCGUGGACACGGGGGCGUCCUAUGCGCAGCGAAAGGUGCAGAGGGAGCAAGAGCUGAAAGACUUGGAGACGGCUCUGAAGAUGCUCUCGUAG